GCAGCGCCCUGCGGAGCAGCGGCUGCAACACAACACGCGGCGGCGGCGGGGAGGGGGAUCCAUGUGGAGACAAUUCUCUUCUUGUGUGUGGCGUGGAGCCUCUUGUCAGUGGCAGAUCUGCGUCAAGAAGACCGGAGUAUACUGUGUCCUCGGCGUCCAGUCUGAUGUGCUCUGUCAGCAGCAGCAGGCGGUCUCCUUAAGCUUUACCGCUACCCAGUGCAAAAGUUUUAAGAAGUCCAAACAGAAACUUUACGAUCUUAUAUUAACAAUGCCAAAGAAGGUGGACUUGAAAGGGCUCCAAGAGCAACGACUGGCACGGAAAAAGAAAAUCCGCAAGUACCCUCCCUCUACUGUGUACCUGCAGGUUUUGGGAUCAGGAGCACCUGGUGCUCCCAAAGCACUCUACGUCUUCACAGAACAUGCCAAGUACCUCUUCAACUGUGGGGAAGGCACACAGAGACUGGCACAUGAGCACAAAGUGAAGCUAAGCACCAUGGAACAUAUACUUAUAACACACAAAUCUUGGGAGAAUGUUGGGGGUCUGCCUGGAAUGCUGCUCACUUUACAGGACACUGGAGUGCCUUUUAUUACUCUGCAUGGGCCACCAGGCAUUGCAUCUCUUUACUAUGACACUCGGCAUUUCCUGAGAUUCAAGGACAUCAGUAUUCAUUACAAUCACUAUGAAGGUAAUUCAGGACCAAGCACUGACCCACUCAUCAUUCAAGCUGUUCCUCUCUGGGCUAAGAUGGAAGAAACAAUUAGUGGUGAUCCCUCUGAAAAGUUGGAAUCAUUUCAGGAAACUAAUGAUGAAGGUGAAGAUCUGUAUGCACAUGAGAAGUCUCUGCCCAAAAAGAGGUCAAGCCCAGUGGAGGAAAGCUUCAACAAUCCAACAGUCAAGCGACAGAGGCAAGGAGAAAGCAUAUCCUGUAAGAAUCUCAGUGUAGCUUACAUCUGCCGUCCACCACCUAAGGCAGGUGCUCUUAGAUUGGAGCUGUGUGUGAAAGCAGGUGUCCCACCAGGACCCCAGCUUGGUGAGCUGAAGAAAGGUAAUGACAUCACCUUGGCAGAUGGCAGAAUAGUAAAAGCAGCAGAUGUCACAGAUCCAGAUGAUCCUGGACCUGUAUUCAUAGUUGUUGAAGCACCCUCUGAAGCUUAUCUAGACAGCCUGCUUGAGAGUCCAGCAUUCACCCAGCAUCAGUGUUCUGGAGGCUUGGAUGAGGACUUAGCCGAGGUAGUUGUCCACUUCACACCUCCAGAAGUUGUGGCUAAUCCUCGUUAUCAAGAAUGGAUGGCCCGGUUUUCUCCUUCCACAAGCCAUGUCAUACUCAAUGAUGCAAAUUCCUGUAUGGGUUCAGAGGCUGUCCACAGAAUACAGUAUAAACUAAAUCUCCUGAAUGACAACCUUUUCCCACUUCUGGGAGAUAAUGGGAUUCCCAAAAAGGAAGCAUGCAGUGAAGGCAAUACAGAAGAAAGUAACAAUAGUGAUUGCAAGAAAACCUCAACCAACAACAGUAAAGACACAUUACAAGCCCCAGAAAAAUUUGCCAAUUUCCAAAUUAGUGGUGUUGGUCCAACUGUACAGGCAGCUACACUGCUCAACUAUCACAUAAGACCCAAGAAAAGAUUUGACAGAUCCAAUGUGCUUCAGUUAUGUCCAGACACAUACAUACAAGAAUGUUAUGAAGGGGAGAAGUUUGAGUCUGCUUUUCUUAAUGUAAAGGAAAAGCUUCAGUCUCAUUAUUCAGAUCAGGCAGUAAAUGCUGGCUCACUGGAUUACCCCUAUGUAACUUUCCUGGGGACAGGAUCUUGUAUCCCAAACAAAACACGGAAUACAUCAGGCAUCCUCCUGGAGUUAAGUCAUGAUAAAGCACUAUUGAUGGACUGUGGAGAAGGGACUUAUGGCCAGUUGGUACGGCUCUUGGGGUGUACUGAAUGUGAAGCACUGCUACGAAGGCUGGUGGCAGUAUAUGUGAGCCACCUUCAUGCUGACCACCACAUUGGCCUCAUUCGUCUUCUAUUGGCUAGAAGAAGAGCCUUUAAUGCAACUGGAAUAUCAGAUGCUCCCAAGCUGCUGCUUCUUGCUCCUAGCAGAAUCAUGGCAUACCUUACCUCCUAUCAUGAAAACUUUGAGCCCAUUCUUGAAGACUUUAUCAUUAUUUGGAAUCAAAAUCUUUUAUAUAAUGACUUCACACUGGGCAAGGAAGACUACAGGAAAUUGUGCUCCCAGCUAGAUAUGAAGGACAUUCGCAUGACAUAUGUAGUCCAUUGCCCCAAUUCAUUUGGUGUUGCUUGGACUCAUGCUAAUGGCUGGAAGAUUGUGUAUUCUGGAGACACAAUGCCAUGCAAAGGACUUGUAGACAUAGGACAGGACUGUGAUAUUCUGAUUCAUGAGGCCACCAUGGAGGAUGAGCUAGAAGAGGAUGCCAGAAUAAAGACUCACUGUACCACUUCUCAAGCAAUACAGGUUGGCAAAGAUAUGAAUGCACAGCACAUGCUCCUGACUCAUUUCUCUCAGCGGUAUGCCAAGGUACCAUUGAUGGAUGAUCUUCCAGCUCAAGUUGGAAUUGCAUUUGAUAACAUGAAAGUGUGUUUCAGAGACUUGCCAACCUUGCACUUGUUGUAUGAUGUGUUGGUGGCCAUGUUUUCUGAGAACUAUGACGAAAUGUUGGAGAAGACUGCCAAGAAACGUUUAGCUCGGCAGAGGCUGGAAACGGCCAUGAGCAACAUUACCACUAACAGUAUAACCUCUGAAGAAACAACUGUGAAAGAAAUCAAUGUAUAGUCUUAAGAUUACUUUGUUAAUCAAAGAUACAUGUAUAUAUGGGUUUAGGAAGGGGGAUAAAAACCCAGGGAGGAGUUAGGAUUCUUUUAAUCUCUAACGUUUCGGCUGAAUAGCCAUCCUCAGAGAGACUGAUUUACAUGAGUGAAAACACACUAUUUAUAACAACGUACAAAAUUUUCUCAUUUGACAUUCGUAUAGAGUAUUGCCAUCCUGGCGUGUAUCUCACCUAAUUUUAUUUUCCUAGUCAGGUGGCAUUAUCCGCCUACGUGACGAGCCUUUACUGGGGAUUUUCCUUGUACCUGACCUGAGGGCCAAUCUGGCGGAAUUACCCGCCCACCUGAUUAAACCUUCUCUGUGGUUAAUGACUUCCCUAGUUGUUAUGAGGGCUGCCUCUAGCUUUUCUCAUUCUUUUCUUCAAUCCAACUUUAAUUUCUUUAGCCUCUUCCCAUUUUGGUAGGUGUUUACAUUUUUUUCUGUUUUUUUUUUUUCUACUCCCUUGUAUUGCACAUAGAAAAAUGUAAACACCUACCAAAAUGGGAAGAGGCUAAAGAAAUUAAAGUUGGAUUGAAGAAAAGAAUGAGAAAAGCUAUAGAGGCAGCCCUCAUAACAACUAGGGAAGUCAUUAACCACAGAGAAGGUUUAAUCAGGUGGGCGGGUAAUUCUGCCAGAUUGGCCCUCAGGUCAGGUACAAGGAAAAUCCCCAGUAAAGGCUCGUCACGUAGGCGGAUAAUGCCACCUGACUAGGAAAAUAAAAUUAGGUGAGAUACACGCCAGGAUGGCAAUACUCUAUACGAAUGUCAAAUGAGAAAAUUUUGUACGUUGUUAUAAAUAGUGUGUUUUCACUCAUGUAAAUCAGUCUCUCUGAGGAUGGCUAUUCAGCCGAAACGUUAGAGAUUAAAAGAAUCCUAACUCCUCCCUGGGUUUUUAUCCCCCUUCCUAAACCCAACUACUUGUCAACAUGAACAAUUCACAUGUAUAUAUGUAUGUACUUUCAACCCUUCCUCAACAUGACAGUCAGAUUCAUGGGCUCAUUAUGUAUGACAAAUUUCAUACUCAAAGUGUUGUUAAGCUUAAAAAGGAAAAUGAAGAUUAGGUCCCCAGGUACAGGGUGCCAAUUGAGUUUCUGCAGAUAUUGCUAGGGGUGAAAGUACAGAUUAUUCUAAGUAAAAAAUGUUCUAUGCACAUAAGCAUUUUGAGGCUUUGUUUAGCUUUGGUAUGAAAUUCAAGUGUGGGCGGGCAAUAGAUACAAUAGGUUGGGUGGUCAUCCAUGGCAGGAUGUAUUGGCUUGUGAUGUCCAAUGCUGAAAUUGCGAAUGAUUCAAUCAUGAUUUCUUCAUGUUUUAGAGCAUUUCAGUAUCCUAUAAUGAGAUGAGUAGUGGCAAUGGAGAGGAUGAUUUGCUGAUAAACAUUACACAAGGAUAGUGUGGCUGUAAUUAACGACAAAAGAAAUAAUGUGACAGCACCAUGCCUUUCUGGGCAGGAAGGGAGAAGGAGCAAGGCUUGCAUCAAAUCAACUGAUUGCUUGUCAUUUGCUUGCAAUUUCCUGCCGAGACAGUGAAUAUGUGUAGAAUGUAUUGCACAAUUUUGAGAGAAAACUAGCAGCAAUACAACACAUUUACAGUAAUGUGGAGUAUGUGGACAUUGUAUCUUUCCGCUAUGGUUUCCUGCCUGGGCCGACUGUUUGUAUCUGUUGCCCGACCUAAUUUGAAUUUCAUGCCACAGCUAAACAAAGCCUCAAAAUGCAUACAGGGAAUCCUUGGUUUACAAUGGUUUCAACCUCUGCCAUUUCAUGGUUAUAACACUGGCAGUGCUUGCCCCUGUACAUUCCCCUUUGUUGAUUCUUGUUACUGUUUUAUUCAUAAUGUUUUUUUUAUUUUUUAUUUAUUUAUUUAUUUUAUUUAUUUUUUUUUAGAUAAAUUUAGAUAGAUAAAGUACAUAGUUAUGUUUUUAUGCCCUAGACAGUACUAUAGCAUUAGCAUAGGUGAGUGACAUACUGGUGAUUACUUUGCCUGGUUCUGAGCCACUUCGAACUCCAUCGUAACUUGAGAACACCCUGUAUAUGCAAAGAACAUUUUUGACGUAGAACAACCUUUACUUUCACCUCAAGCAAUAUCUACAGAAACUCAUGUUAUGCCAUCUAUUCUUGUCCACAUUAUUUCCAGGUUCUAUAUAUUUAAUAUAAGAGACUUUCAAGGAUAUAAUUUAGAUGUGAGCUGUACAUCUGAAAACAUGCUUUGUAUCUAUCCAGCCAACUUUUUGCAAGGAUGGAAAUACCCUCUAUUUUUCCAGCCAAGCUCAGCACCUUUGCCAUCAUUAGAAGACUGAGGAACUGUCAGCAUUAAAUAAAAAUGGGUGAAAUAAGUACAGGACAGCAUGAAGCAAGCAACACUAGCAUGAUACAGUAACAUGUAAAGUUGGCUUCUUAAGCAUGUCAACAUGUACUUGCCACUUAGACAAGUCCACAUGCUGGCUGGCAUGGUGAAUGUGGUUAUCCUAAAGGCGAUGUCACACUACCACUUUUUCCGUCAUUUUUCUGAAAAUCGUCAAUAUUGUGGCUGCGGCCUGUCACACACAAACGGUGUUUCAUGUGAAACUUUCCGUCGGCACAGACCAAGGAGUGUAAAUAAACAUGGAGUCCACGUUGCGGCAAAGAUACGCUGCUCUGAAACUAAUACUGUGUAUUGUGAGACAGUAUUGGAGGGCACAGCUGACUGUUGUAAGCCGCUCUUUUCAGGCUUUUCUUCAUAUAAGAUUCAUCCUUGUGGUCCCAGAGGCACUUAUGGUACCUUAUGCUUUCCACAAGAAACUCCUCUGAAAGGCGUGUCCAGCUUGGAUGUGGUUUUCCUUCCAUGACGAAGCGUAGAGGUGGUAAUAACGCUCUGUGAGACAGGUUGAAGCCACGCAGAAAGUCUCGGUCUUGGUCUUGGAAAUGUAAACAAAGGCGGAAAUUUGCAGGUGGAAGCGAUCCUGGUCGUCUGACAAAUUCAUGCGAAAAGUUCAUGCAGAACGAUGAAAAAUCGACGGAAAUCGCAUUAAUCGACGGAAAAAGUGCUAGUGUGACACAGCCUUAAGAGAGCUCUUGCUCACUUGUGUUGGCAGUUCAUGCAGAUGGGAAAUCCUGUCACACUCAUACUGGAUGAAGUUUUGAAUGUCACUGAUUCAUAUAAUCAGGAUUUCUUACCUGAUUCAUGUUCAGCAAGGGUUUAUAAUAUAUUUAUAUGAGACCAGGCAGACAUACCCUUUGUAACUUCCACAUUAAACUUUAAAAAAAACAAGUUCUUUCAUAACCUUUGCUAGAACACAAGUUUUAUAUAAAUUAUUCAUCUAUCAAAAUUCUUCCAAAGGCAGCAACCAAGACAAGGCACUCUUAUCCAGAGUACAAAGUGAAAAGACCACCAACACAAUGUGUCAGUGAGGAAAUCCACUGCCUCAUGACUAAAAAAUUGUCAAGCCUUCAGAUCAAUUUCUCAUUUAAAACAACCUAGAAAAAUUACACAAAGAAAUAUCCACUCAGUAUUAAGAAACAGUGUGAUGGUCCUCUUAACAGAAUGCCAAAAUUCAUAGACAUUGUUUUAGUGAGAGACGAGAUGUAAAGUUUCCAGUUUAGAUUUUUAGUAAAGGACAAAGCAAGGAUGUUCAGUGUAGAACAGAACAGUUGAGUGUCACUGAAGAUGAGUUAUGUAAGUGACAUGCAGAACAGAUGAAUUUAAUUUGAGAAUGACUUAAGGUGAAGCCAGAUGUAAGACAUGCAGUGUAGCAUAAGAAGGAAAAUUAUUAUUUUCCAUGAACAGUCUGCGACCAUUCUCUCGUGUGGAUCUUCCGCUGUGUCAGCUGUAUGCCACUUCCACAUCACUCUGCAAGCUGUAUCAUGCCCACAAUCCCUUGCCUGUGUUUGCGUGUGUGUCCUCAGCCACAUAAUGUGUGUGUGUGUGUGUGUGUGAGAGACUGCUUCUUGGUGUAGGGAGUUGGUCCUUGUGGUGACCUACAAGUCCCUAGAUAAUUGUAUCCUGUUCUCUGGUCAUGAAAUAUACAUCUGUGUUGUGCA